AUGAAGCUUUUCCUGAUAAUAAUUUAUUUUGUCAUGGCUUCAGAUGCUUUGCAACCAAAUGUUUAUUUAAAAUACUUCAAAAAGUUUAAAUUCGAAAAUUAUACAAAAUUUUCAUAUCGACUUCACAAUUAUGAAAAUUCUUCAAUACAAUUUGGAUUGAAUAAACAUUUUGAUGUCAUAAUGGCAACGCUAGUUGACCAUAGAUAUAAGAUUGCGUACUCUGAUACAGUCAUGUUUGAAGCAAAAGACAACAGAUCAUCGCUAAAACAGAGAGAAUUGUUUAGAACAACUGGAUUUGAAGAUCCAGAAUACAUGCAAAUUGGUUCCACUCCAAGAAUAAGUUUCAGAUAUAUUUUGCAUUUUCAUGCAUCAGAUAUUGUUGAAAAACUUCUUAAUUGUAAAAUCGGUUCGGGGAAGAUUUACGAUAUAAUUGAAGAAGCAACAAAAUGUGAAUUUCGCUCUAGUGGAAUAUACAGUAAAGUUACGAUAAUUGAUUAUUAUAUGGAAAAUGAGAAUUUAACAGUAAACGGUGAAGUUUAUCCAUCACGAUUUGAUGCAUAUCUUGAAUUUUCAGACAAUCCUGUGAGCGUUUUCUGUAUCAUGAAAAUCAAUAUGACAUUUAUUAUUCCAAUUGUUCAUAAAAUAAGAAGCAUCAAUAAUGCUGAUUCAUCAAUUUUAGCUACUCAAGCUUUACAGCCAAAUACUUAUUUCAAAUUUCUUAACAAGACAACAUCAUCAGUAAAUUACACGAAAAUUACUUAUAGACUUAACACUUAUGAAGGUUCAUCUAUGCCAUUUGGAAUCAAUAAUCACUUUGAUAUUCUGUUUGAAUACAAAAUUACGAAAAAAGAUAUCAAAAUUUAUGGAGAAACGAUAACAUUCAAAUCUAAGGAUAGUGAUGAGCUAGUUCAAAAAAGUUUAAUAAAUAAUUUCAGAUCAUUUAAUUGUUCAUUAUUUUUUAUAAUAACAGAUAUUAUUGAAAAACUUUUGAAAUGCAAACUUGACAAGCAGGAAGUUUUUGGAAAAUUUUAUUUAACUAAUUCUUUUAUACAUCAUGAGAAUUUGGUGAUUAAUGGUUCGGUGAUUGCAUCUGAGUUUGAUAAUAACUUUGAAAUUAUUCAUCACGAGACAGAACCAUUUUGUGAUGAUUCAUCUAUUCCACUGGAAAUCAAUAAUUACUUUGAUAUUUUAUUUGAAUAUCAAAUUACUGCGAAAUUUUCCAUAACUUGUAAAGAAGAAGUUACACUUAUAUCGAAAGAAAAUGAUGAGAUAGUUCAAAAAAGUUUAAUGAACAAUGCUGGAUCACUCAAACUCAAUGAAAAAUUGAACUUUGGAAACGUUUUAUAUUUUAAAGCAACGGAUAUUAUUGAAAAAAUUGUAAAAUGCAAUCUCGAAAAGCGGGACAUUUUGGGAAAAUUUCAUGUGAUUAAUUCAUUGGAAGAUGAUAAGAAUUUAAAAGUUUAUGGUGAAGUGAUUACAUCCAAAUUUGAAAUUUAUUUUGAAGUUUUCGAUAGUUUGAAAACACCAUUGUUAAUCGAUGCUUUAAAACCAAACAUAUAUUUGAAAUUCAUCAAUAAAUCGGAACUAUCAGGAAGUCCAAAAAUAACAUUUCGCCUUUAUGUUUGUGACGAGUUUUCAGAUCUUUAUAAAAUUGUAGAUUUCUAUAAUGUUUCAAUGGAAGUUAUUAUAUUACCAGAAGACCUAAUGCCUUAUGAGAGUAUUUUCAUAUUUGAGACAAGAAAUGUUCCAUUUGCAUUGUCACGAAAAAAUUUAUUUCACACUUCCGAAGAGAAUAUUUACUUACCGAAUUAUAACAAUUCGCAUGUUGAAAGAUACUUUAAGAAUAUUCUAGAAUUUCAUUCAUCCGAUAUUGCUGAACAAGUAUUUUGUUGUAAACUUGAUAGCCAAAAUAUAAAAAGUCAAUUAAGAAUUAUUAAUUUUUAUGUGGAUGAUAAAGAAUUGAUUGUCGAUGGAGAAAUAUUUCCAUCAAGGCUUGAUGCACACCUAAACAUUUUUGGAACUGGAAAGAAAAUGCUGUGCGAGUACAAUUUAAAAUUUAUUUUUGUCAUUUCAACCUUUUUAUUGAUGCUUGGAUUGUGUAUUUUAUUUACGAUUCUGAAUUGUUUGGCCAAAAAGAUUAGAAAAAUGUCUUCAAAAGUUUAUGUUCAGGGUCGAAAGGAGAUGAAUGAAGGACUUGAUAGUGGUGCAUGA